UGCGUCUCAGGCAGCGCGCACGCCGGCGUGAGAGGGCACGGGGAAAAGGUGGCUCUGUGGCCGGGGCGGCUCGGCUUCCUGGGGGCUAUGUAGCUAAGCUGGUCGGCUCAGGGUCCUCUCUCGCCGCCCUCCCGCCGAGUUGCUGCUCGGGAGAGACGCUUGUCCUCAAGCCCGCAGCGCCCCCUUCGACGGCCCAGCCGCCUUCUUGCUCGUCCGUGGGAGCGUCCCGGCCGAGCCAAGCCCUGAAGGGGGAGGGGAGGCCAUUUUGUCCGGACCGACUCCCCGGAACCGGGCGGAGCGGCUGGGAGAGGCUGCAGGAGCCGCGGUCGCCGCCCUCGGAGGCACCGGACGCCGCCACCGUCGGGGGCUCGCUCACGAGGCCGUUCACAGGUUGCCCGCGCCCUCGGCACCCCUCGGCUUUCCCACGCUUUGCUCCCGGCUGCCCCCAGUCCUCCGGCCUGGACGCCCCGAGAGAGGAGUUGGCCGUAGUGAACAGGAGCGAUCCCUUGGGGCCGCCGGCGGCGAGAGCCCGAGCCGCUCCUCCCAAUGGCGAAGAAGACGUACGACCUGCUUUUCAAGCUGCUCCUGAUCGGGGACUCGGGAGUGGGCAAGACCUGCGUCCUUUUUCGUUUUUCGGAUGAUGCCUUCAACACCACCUUUAUUUCCACCAUAGGAAUAGACUUUAAGAUCAAAACAGUUGAAUUACAAGGAAAGAAGAUCAAGCUUCAAAUAUGGGACACAGCAGGCCAGGAGCGAUUUCACACCAUCACAACCUCGUACUACAGAGGAGCAAUGGGUAUCAUGCUAGUAUAUGACAUCACCAACGGUAAAAGUUUUGAAAACAUCAGCAAAUGGCUUAGAAACAUAGAUGAGCAUGCCAAUGAAGAUGUGGAAAGAAUGUUACUAGGAAACAAGUGUGAUAUGGAUGAUAAAAGAGUUGUACCUAAAGGAAAAGGAGAACAGAUUGCAAGAGAACAUGGUAUUAGAUUUUUUGAGACUAGUGCAAAAGCAAAUAUAAACAUUGAAAAGGCUUUCCUCACAUUAGCUGAAGAUAUCCUUCGAAAGACCCCUGUAAAAGAGCCCAACAGUGAAAACGUGGACAUCAGCAGUGGAGGCGGCGUGACGGGCUGGAAGAGCAAGUGCUGCUGAGCGCCCCCUGCCGACAGCUGCCAUCCACACGCGGUCUCUUGCUGCAAAUAAACCACUGUCCAUUUUCAACUCUAAACAGAUAUUUUGUUCCUCAUCCUAACUAUCCAGUCCACCUGUUUUAUUUGUUCUCAUCUGUGACUGCUUGCUUUUUCUUUAAACAAGAAAAAUGUAUAGAAAAAUCAUGUCUGUGACUUCAUGUUUAAAUGGACUUGCUCAGCUCACCACUGCAUUUCAGUUGUAUUAUAGCCCAGUUCUUAUCAACAUUAAAACCUAUAGCAAUCAUUUCAGCUCUAUUCCGCAAAUUGUAUAAGAAUAAAAGUUAGAAUUAACAAUUUUAUUUUGUACAACAGUGGAAUUUUCUGUUAUGGAUAAUGUGCUUGAGUCCCUCUAACCUGUAGACAUGUAAUAGCAGAGGAAACAAACAAAAGCCAGGAACUCACUCAUUUUCGCCUUGACUAUGUAAAUGAGGUUAAUUUUGUCCUGUGCCUUAUGUGGAAAGGAACUUUGGUUUUUCCUUUUUUGUUCUGCUGGAAGCAUGUGCAGAUCAGACGUGUAAGUCACUCGGACGUUGUGUGCUCAGCUCUGUCAGACUGGCUAACGAGGACAGGGGAGUGCAGACGCGCGUGCUCUGGUUUGCUGAGUCCCAUUUGAAGUGGCCUUCAUAUUUAAAGCUGUCCCUGCCCCGUUCCUCCCUGGCCACUGUUCCUCGCACCUCCUGCAUGCUGCUUUCUUUGCUUCUCCCCCUGGUAUGAGUUAUUUAAACAUGAAAGGGGCAAACUAGUAGGAUGUCAAGUUUAACGUAAAGCACUGAUUUACCUUGCUAAGUAAACUGAAAGACACGUUUUAACUGCCUAUUA